AACGGACGGGAUAAUGCGUGAUGUAUGUGUGCAAGGACUAAGUAAAGUUGGCCGAGGUUGGAAGUUGCGCAAAUUUCGAAAACGAUCCUGCUUAGCUACUUUGUUGGUUUCUUUACUGCAUGUGGAUUUCUUAUGUGGAAAGGAAGAAGUAGAAAAGUUGUUUACAUCACUUUGAUAUGUCAUGGUGAGGUUAGGAUUUCGUUUGCCGGCGAAGCUGGUCUGCCUGAGGCGCAACUUUGGUGGGGACUUGAUGAAGCCGUCGUCGAUUCUGCCCGAACUAGUGGAGACUGUGUUGACAAAACUAGAAAACAAGUAUAGAAACUGUGGACAGUCAUUUUUCUCAGAUGCGGAUCUCCUCGAACUCAAUUCAUUAUUCGGACCCGUUUUUGAGCGUGCCCUGGAAACUUUGGAUAGCGUCAAAAUAAUCGUCUACAAGUCACCAAAUCGCCUUUGUGAAUUAAUUGAAAUUCAAGGUCAUUCGAACCACGUCUAUAAACUGUUCCCCUAUGUUAACUACUGUCCGUGCCAAUCUUUCAAACAUCAAGUCCUCCAUCAUCGGACUCAGUGCACCUGCAAACACGUUCUAGCCGCACGGAUUGCACAAAUCUUCAACAAAGUCGAGGAACGUGUUCUCACCGACGACCAAUUCAAUUUUUUAAUGAAGAACGUAAACGGCUAACUGCUGGCUGCUUCUAUGCACAACUCCAAAA